UCAACUGAUGGCAACCUGCUAGCCGCCUCGUUCGCAAGUGGUGACGUCCUCGUGUGGCGACUACCCGAUGGUCUACUCGUCCAACGCCUACAUCAUCAAGGCCAUGCACAGCCUGUGCGCUCCCUUGAAUUUUCUCCCAACAAUCGUUCUCUUGUCUCAGGAUCCGAGGAUGGGACCGCGAUCGUCUGGGAUAUCCGACAUGGUCGCGCACUUCUACGUCUGGAAGGACAUAGUGGGACGGUGGGGAAAGUUGUGUAUGCCCCAAACGGCGCACUCAUUGCCACCGCGUCCGAUGUCGACAAAUCUGUGAAGAUUUGGGACGCCUCGAUUGGAGCAUGUCUACAUUCCUUCGACGUCGAGAACGACAUAUACCAGGUUGCCUUCUCCCCCAAUAACUCGCGCGUCUACAUUGACCAAAAGGGUCGCUGUUUGAUCUAUGACACCCAAACUUACACGCGCAUCGCUGAAUUGCGGCAUAAUUAUGAACCCUGCGAGUCGUCAGUGUCUCGCCAAGGAGACCGCAUAGCCACCGCAUCGACGAAUGAUCAAGUGAAGAUCUGGAGUGCGGUGACUGGCAAGGAGCUUCUCACAAUCGACCACCCGCGAAAGCUCUCAUAUCCUGUGGCAUUCUCCCCCGACGGCUCCGAGGUAUUGGCCGCUUGUGACGCAGACAAUACGACCGUCGCCUUCAACUCACGGACUGGUCGGUUACGUCGCGUCUACCAGCUCUCAGGAACAUUGCAGUAUGCAUCAUACUCCCCACGCGGAGACUACGUUGUCUUGGGAGACGGCGUGAGGGAUCUCCACGUCUGCGACCCGAAGUCUGGAGCGUUCCUUGCGAAUUUUGAGGGGCUCGGUGACGCUUCCAGCAUCUAUGACCCUCGAUGUCUACUCGAGGGUCAAAACCUCGUAGUGCAUUUCUCGGACGGACUCUCGCUUCUGCAUGAUAUCCGGGAUGUAUUGCGACUGAGAUAGCGUGGAGUCACUAGAGUGACACUUACUUCACUUGAUAUUAUAUUAGCUCAGACACAUAAAGAGUAUCCGGAAAAUAUAAUACAUCAAUGGGUGCUGAAAUAGUGUAAGGGCGCAUAUUCAUGCGAUGAGUGAAGAUAGUAAGAGCGUGCGCG